GUCGAGUCGACGUCUCAGGACUCGGGAGUCGGGAGUACGAGAAUGUAGCAGUAGCAGCUUGCCAAUAUAAAGCACCGUCGCCUCCUUCGUUUGUUAAGCGAAAGGAACUAAACACAGACAGUAGCUUAGCUGGGUUUCACAUUCCAUCGGAUCGACCUAGCCUCGGACUUGGAGGUAAUAACAUGGGAGGUGGAAGGGACAAUCAUCAUGCUGACAAAGGAUGUUAUCCUCCGACUGUCUAUCCUCCAGUACAUUCAACUGGAUCAUAUGUAUUUGCGCCUCCAGUUGCAUAUCCAUAUCCGUAUGCACAACAUGGAUCUAUGGCUCCACCCCCAUUAGGAUCAUAUCCAUAUCCUUCACCUAUGUACUCUUCACAUAGUGGUUACCCACCAUCUGGAUAUCCAACAUAUAAUCAAAGUGCUUACCCAUCAAUGGGUGGCUAUCCUGGUGCUAGUUUGCAUGCUACUCAACAUCAUGGUAAUGGAUAUAACAUGGGGGCAACGCUCAUUGGUGGAGCAGCAGCCGCCGCCGCCGCUACCUAUGGUGUACAUCACUUAACCCAUGGCCAUCACCCUCACAAUCACCACUUAGGACAUUUUGGCAAGUUUAAACAUCAUUAUAAUGGACACUAUGGCAAGUUAAAGCAUGGAAAAUUUGGGAAACACAUUGGGUUAGGAGGAAAACAUGGCCUUCUAGGGUGGAAGCAUCACCGUCAUGGGUUCUUUGGAGGAAAAUACAAGAGGUGGAAGUAGUUAAAAUAUAGGGAAGGGUAUGCAAUUGGAUCCUGCAAGUAUGAUAACUAACAUAUGUAAAAUAAAAAUGGUUGGUUCGUGUUAAUGCUAUACAUGCAUGUAAUGUUUUUAUAAAUUACUUGUUGUAUGUGUCAUUAUCAAUCUAUAAUAAGAAUACAUACUUUGUUAAUGGCUUA